GCUCCUCCUUUCCUCCGGUUGGCCUUUUCCGCCCCGUUUCUCUCUCUCUCUCUCUCUCUCUCUCUCUCUCUCUCUCUCUCUCUCUGUGCAGCCGCGUCUUCGGCGCUAGGUGUUAAUUCUUGUCGGCUGCCGCUUUGCAUUUUGCAGCUCAGGGUUUGUUUGUUUUUUACUGGGGGGUGUGGGGGCUCCAAUUUAUUUUCGGCGCCGCUGCUGCGAGAAUUCCCGCCGUAGAGUCUCUUUUGAUUCUUUUUAAAGGCGGGAAAAUAAAAUGAAAUGUGAACAACUCUCGGGUACCUCAGAAGGUAGCACCGGAAGCUGAUGAGCAUCAGUCAUUCAGUUUCUCUGUGACCUGGUCAAGCUAUCAUGGCUUGUGUGGCUUGCCCCAGCACAAGUGAGUUCCCUUUCUUGGCAGACAGGCAUGCUCGUCUUUUAUUAGCCCAGAUUAACAAGCUGAGAUGCGGGCAACACUUCUGUGAUGUACAGCUCCAGGUUGGUGAAGGAGCAUAUAAAGUUCACCGGCUUGUUUUGGCUGCAAGUAGCUCUUAUUUUGCUGCUUUGUUUGCUGGAGGGAUGAAGGAAUCUUCAAAGGAUGUUGUGCAGAUCCUGGGUGUGGAUGCUAAUAUUUUUCAGAUCCUCCUGGAGUUUAUUUAUACAGUACUUGUUAACAUUAAUGAAAAUAAUGUCCAGGAGUUGAUUGUGGCAGCAGACAGGUUUCAGCUGUCAGAGGUGGUGGACCUUUGUUGUGAAUUUCUAAAGGGACAGAUUGAUCCUAUGAACUGCAUUGGACUCUUCCAGUUUGCUGAGCAAAUUGCCUGUCAUGACCUGCUAGAAUUCACAGAGAACUACAUCCAUGCCUUCCUGGAGGUUCAUAAUGGAGAUGAAUUCUUGGCAUUGACAAAAGACCAUCUGAUUAAGAUAUUGAGAAGUGAAGACCUAAGCAUAGAAGAUGAGUACCAGGUUUUUUGGCUGCCAUGCAAUGGAAUUUUGAAAGACUCAGGGAAAAGAAAGAAACAUGUUGUGGAAAUACUGGAUGCAGUGAGAUUUCCUUUAUUAUCUCCACAAAGACUUUUGAAAUACAUAGAAGGGAUUUCAGAUUUCAGUCUCCGAGUAGCCCUGCAUACUCUGUUGAAAGAAUAUUGUGAAGUUGGUCAGUCUCCCAAAGAAAAUAAGAUGAGCAGUUUUCUCCAGGCAACUAAGACACGUCCACGGAGAAAAGCUAGGAAAUACAUUUAUGCAAUAGGUGGUUAUACUCGGUUGCAGGGAGGACGUUGGAGUGAUAGCAGAGCUCUCAGUUGUGUGGAGCGUUUUGACACUUUCAGUCAGUAUUGGACUACUGUGUCUUCCUUACACCAGGCUCGCAGUGGCCUGGGUGUUACAGUAGUUGGAGGAAUGGUCUACGCUAUUGGAGGUGAAAAAGACUCUAUGAUUUUUGACUGUACUGAACGCUAUGAUCCUAUUACAAAGCAAUGGGCUGCUGUAGCUUCGAUGAACCAUCCUCGCUGUGGCCUUGGAGUAUGCACCUCUUAUGGCACUAUCUAUGCUUUGGGAGGUUGGGUUGGAGCAGAGAUUGGUACCUCUGUUGAACGUUUUGAUCCUGAAGAAAAUACUUGGGAAAUUGUGGGCAGCAUGGCUGUGCCGCGUUAUAAUUUUGGCUGUUGUGAAAUACGAGGUUUAAUUUACAUUGUGGGAGGCAUUGGCAAUGAAGAAAUAGAAUUAUGUUCUGUGGAAGUCUAUGACCCCCUAUCUAAACGCUGGUCUACCCUUCCUGAAAUGGGCACUAGAAGGGCAUAUCUAGGAGUGGCUACUUUGAAUGACUGCAUCUAUGCUGUUGGAGGGUGGAAUGAAACUCAAGGUGCUCUUUCAACUGUUGAGAAAUACUCAUUUGAAGAGGAAAAAUGGACAGAAGUUGCUUCAAUGAAAGUCCCAAGAGCUGGAGUAUGUGUCAUAGCUGUGAAUGGCUUCCUUUAUGCCACAGGAGGCAGGACUGCCAGCUAUGAGGCAGCUGCUCCUGUGACUUCAGAUUCUGUGGAGGUGUAUAAUCCACAUGUGGAUACUUGGACUGAAACUGCUAACAUGAUCACCAGCCGCUGUGAAGGAGGUGUGGCAGUCCUUUGAAGAAUGCCAUGCUUUUAAAAAAACGAUAGCAAAAAUUAAAGUGUGAAUUUAAAUGCUGUAAAGAAAUUGAAGAUUUGGGUCGCUCUUAAGAAAGUGUGUGCAGUUAAAAGAGGAAUUGAUUUUUAAAGCAUAUCCAGAAGUUUACAACAAUUGUUACUGAAACCAUUUAAAUCUUUGUUUCUUUGAGGAACAGUUUGUAGACAAUUCUGACAAUAGAAACUUCUUGAUUUUUAACAUCUGC